AUGUGCGAAGAUUUCCGACCAUUUACUAUUCAUACUGCUUCAUGUUCAUAUCGCUACAAGAAUCGUGCAGCUCGCGACAUCGAGUUGGGUGAUUACUUCAAAGGACCACGCGACAUUCACAAGCAUUCCAAAUGGCCGAUUUUCAUGCGUCUCCACGGCAGCAUACUUCCCAAGAUGAUCGUUCCGUUACUGAUGGUUGCCAUCUGGGCAACCACCAUCACCAUUGUAGACAAAUUUGUUCACAACAUCGGCAUCAGCUCAGUCCUCCUCACAAUGACCGGUUUCGUGGUUGGUAUGUCGCUCUCCUUUCGCUCGACCACCGCCUACGAACGCUACAUCGAUGGUCGCAAACUCUGGACUCAGCUACAUAUGACGAGCCGCAAUCUUUCAAGAUUGAUUUGGAUCCAUACCCAAGAACGUCACAGCGAAUCGGAGGAAUUGGGCAAGGCGGAUCUACUUGGCAAGUUGGCGGCCUUGAAUCUAAUCAAUGCUUUCGCCGUUUCGCUGAAGCAUCGCCUCCGUUUUGAGCCAUCGCUGGAGUAUCCUGAUGUCGCUCCUUUGGUUGGUAAUCUUCAGACGCUUGCCGGCAUGGCGGACCAAAACAAGCUCCACGAGCGGGAGCAUUCGCCUUGGCUAGCUUGGGGCCAGUAUCUCGGACUGCCGUUCGCACAGCCCAAUCCAAGAUCUCUGCUCCGUGCUUCCAAGGAAAAUUUGGGCAACACACCACUGGAGGUGCUGACGCACUUGGCCGGAUAUAUUGAGUCGAUCUUCCAGAACAAGACGCUAGCGCUGGGCGCACAUCAAGGUCAGGCCAUGAUGCAGCUCGCCACACUCACUGAGAUCAUAUCAGGCGCAGAAAGAGUGCUCAAUACGCCACUGCCGAUAGCAUAUUCUAUCUCCAUAUCUCAAAUCACAUGGGCAUACGUUUUUGCGCUGCCCUUCCAGCUUGUCGAUCCGCUAGGCUGGGUCGCCAUUCCUGGAGCAGUCGCGGGCGCCUAUAUGAUCCUGGGAAUUGCGCAGAUCGGACGAGAACUCGAAGAUCCUUUUGGUCAUGAUGUCAAUGAUUUACCACUUGAUUCAUACUGUCACGAAAUAGCCAACGACAUUGACGCACUCACGAGUAUGCCCGCACCUGUGAACGAAGUGUGGAUGGUGGAGCGAGGAGCGAAAGUACUCUAUCCGCUCAGCUAUAUGAAGUACCAAGGCUGGGAAAUGCGUAGCGUUGAGGAAAUUCGUGCUGCGCUGAAAAUGAAGGACCGCAUCAACACGAUGAUCCUGAGCAGCACGUUGUCACCUGAAGAGGACUGA